UCCCACUCUCAACAACAAACAACAACGAAACCCAAAACUCAACAACCAUGCCGCCGAAGUUGGACCCAAGCCAGAUCGUCGACGUCUACGUCCGCGUAACCGGAGGAGAAGUCGGAGCCGCGAGUUCCCUCGCUCCCAAAAUCGGUCCCCUCGGUCUCGCCCCCAAGAAGAUCGGAGAAGACAUCGCGAAGGAAACCGCCAAGGAGUGGAAAGGCCUCCGCGUCACCGUCAAGCUCACCGUCCAGAAUCGUCAGGCGAAAGUCACGGUGGUUCCGUCCGCGGCGGCGCUGGUCAUCAAGGCGUUGAAGGAGCCGGAGAGGGAUAGGAAGAAGGUGAAGAACAUUAAGCACAAUGGGAACAUAUCGUUUGACGAUGUGAUUGAGAUCGCGAGGAUCAUGAGGCCGAGGUCGAUUGCGAAGGAGUUGAGUGGGACUGUGAGGGAGAUUUUGGGGACGUGUGUGUCUGUUGGGUGUACUGUUGAUGGGAAGGAUCCUAAGGAUCUCCAGGGGGAGAUUCAGGAGGGUGAGAUUGAGAUUCCUGAAAACUGAGGGGAAAAAAGACUAUCUUGUUGUUACGUUUUGUUAUCUUUGUUUAAGGAUAUUUUGUGGUUUAAUUUGAGAACUUGAGGUUUCAUUUGAUGUUCUAUGGUAUUGGUUUCUGGAGCUUUGAUUGAUCUGUUUGGGUUUUGCUUGUUUCUUGAUCAGUUCUAGGUUGGUUCUUGUUCACUACAUAAAGUAUAAUCUUAGGCUUCAUUGCAUAAUCAUCCUAAACUAUCUUCUUUAUUAAUUGGUAUCAUUUUC